AUGAGAAAAAUUCAUGGUUUGUUGUCAGUUCUGGUUUUGGCAGCUGAAGACGAAACUGCCAUCAUUGGUCAGGUUACCUACAAUGAAGGUAAAGAUGAGGUCCUUGGUUUCUGUGGUGUCAAUGGUGAUCAUCAUUAUCAGUGUCUUGAUUCCUUCUGUGUGCCAGUUGGUGAUGGGGAAGAAGGCUACAAGGCCAUAACAUCGGCGUUUAACAGCUACAAAAUUGGGACGUUCGCACAAGCUAUUAUCCUGAAUCCCCUCCACCCAAAACUACCUCGCCUACCUGUGUUAAUUAUGGCUACAUGUAAGAAGUUUGACUCGGAUUUUGUCUUCAGGCAAUGGCCAGGAGUACAAAGGCUCUAUGAGGCUGAAAUAGAACCUAUUGUAGGCCCUCUGAUAGGCAACAGCUCUGACGGCGAUUCUAGGAGGAGGAAGAUGAUGCUUCAGCUCUGUAACAGUGAAGUCAUUGACCACAAAUUCCAACCAAUAUCUCUUGACUUGGGAUUCAUUUUCAUCUGCCGUAGAGAAGACCAACCCGAUGGAUUCUAUGUGCUCCAUGAAUUAUGUGACCAGAAUUAUAUUCAUAAUCACAAGAAGCUGCUGAAUCCCCUUGAUCACGCAACUCGAGUGUUAACUAUGGGCCCAUACCUUGAGCACAUGAAUCACCUGAAGCUCGUCCAUGAUGUCUUUCCGUUAGAUGAGCAUGGUUUAGGAUCAAGUGACAUAGUGCGUCGGGACAGACAGAAUUGGGCUUCUGUGCAGAAACUUUCCUUUCCUAAAGUGAAGAAUUGUCUUGAAAGGCUAAUGAACAGAGACGGUGGCAACCAGCAGCCUAAUCCAACUUGGUUUGGGACAAAGACAUAUCUCUUAAUAGUCUGGUACUAUGUGGAAAUCUUCUGCAGCAGCGUCGCUUCCCUGAAGACAAGAGUGAAGUACGCAGCCAUUGUCACCCACUUCCUGGCCAUCUGGUUCAAUUAUGUACAACGCCAACCCCAGUUAAGUCUGCGUAAAAAUUUUAUUACGCGUUAA